UAAACAUUAUUUUUUAACAAAGUAUACGGUCGGUCACACGGUCGAAAAAGGAGCAAGACGUCUUGAAGCGAGUGGAAGUUAAAUAAUUAAUGGGUGCAAAAGAAUAAUAUGAAAAUAGAAAAAUCAAUAUGAAAUUCUAAAAGAUUACUGAAAUAAUUUAUAAAUAUCUAAAGCCAUUGUGCAAAAAGGAUAGUUCACUUGUGAAAAAACAGAUUAUAUAUAUUGCAAUAAGGAGCAUAGAAUUAAGUAUAUAGUACUUGUGUUUUUUAAAUGACGAAUUUCCAAAGGGUGACGACGAUAAAACAACGACAUCCGCAAAUCACCGAAUCUUCCGCCAUACAAUAGACAACCCUUAACUAGGGUUAACUUCCUUUUCUAGUCUUCAAGAGAGUAAUAAAGAAGCGCCAAUUUUUAUACUACUACAGCCUAAACUAAUUCAAACAUACGCUUCCCAUACAAAUAUAAGCACGAAAAGAAACAGAACAUUAUUGACAACAUAUGACGAGAACAAGCAAAAUGUCACCCUCACAUCGACAGGAGUUUUGUGUGCGUUGGAACAGCCACUUGGGUAGCAUUGGAGCGGCAUUCCCUCAACUUUUGGCCGGUCAGAGAUUUGUUGAUGUCACUUUGGCUUGUGAAGGCCAUCAGGUGCACUGUCAUCGCCUGGUCUUGGCUGCCUGCUCAUCGUAUUUCGAAAGCAUUUUGGCCGAAAAUCCUUGCAAACAUCCCGUUAUUAUUUUACCCUCGGAAAUAAAAUUGUGGGAAAUUCAAGCCUUGGUGGAUUUUAUGUACAAAGGGGAGGUCAAUGUAACACAGGCUGGCCUGCCGCAAUUGCUGCGUUGUGCCGAACAACUGCGUAUUCGAGGGCUUUAUGGUUCAGAUGCUGCCCUAAAUCUCAAUCAAUUGAAAGCUUUAACGGGUAAAGCGCCUCAACAAUCCAAUAACAUACGAUCGAGUUCGGCUCAAUCAACAGGUCUACCGGCCGAUAGCAAUGAUGAGGAUACAGCAACCAACUCAACAACUACCACGGCCACAAGUACAAUACAAACAAACCCGCAAAAUGUGGUAAUAAAAAAGGAACCCGCAACGGGUAACCCCAACCAGGGGCAGCCCAUGUUAACGCCAGUUUCCUUAAAUACACUAAUGGCCAAUCCCGCAGCGAUAGCGGCUAACUUUGCAGCUCAACGCCACGACUCCAGCGAUGAGCCAACAUCAUCAAAUGCCUACGAACAGUAUGAGAAUUGUCAAAACGCCAAUAAUGCUCUAAAUGCUGCAGCUUCCCAACAACACAAUACUAUGCAGCAACAAAGUGUUGCAAAUUCAACACCAACGUCAACGCCAAUCCCGCAAAACAUAUCAACACAACAUAUGGAUUCUACCAUAGAGGAUGAUCAUAAUUAUGUGGCACAUGAUGAGGAUGAUAGUUUUGCUGGUGUUAUGGCUGAUUCGGAACACGACUCGACAGCCAACAAUUCUAUGAUGCAAGUAUCCAUGGAUCAUAAUAGUUCCUUAAAACGCAUACGCAGAUCUGAGGAAUCAUUGGAGCAGGCGGCGAAGUGUGUGUCCAAGGGUCAAACUUUUCAAACAGUUAGUAACAUGUACAACAUACCCGUGUCAACGAUACGUUUCUAUAUGGCCCGCAAAGGCAUUUUGCCCAAACGCAAACGGGGCCGUGGUGCAUCUUCGAGUGCAGCAGGGGCAGGCAAUGGUUCCGGAGCCAUGAUGGCUCUCGGUGGUAGCAAUAAUGUAUUAGGAGGUAAUGGUAUGGGAGGUGGUGUCAUUGCCCCCAAUCCUGCAGCUUUGGCCAUGUCACAUAUGUCUCAAGCUUUGGCUCAAAUGAAACAGCAACGAGUGGAUAGUCCCAAUUCUGCACAGUAUUCCGAAGAGGCGGCCUAUCAUUUGCUCAGUUACAAAAUGAAAGAAGCGCCGCGUUUGGUAUGAAACCAACGAGCUGACUAAAGUUGUUCUAAGCUAAACAAGGACUAGAAAUAGAACGACAAUUGCCGAAAUCAUUUUAGAGCUAAGAAGAAAAUGUUGUGAGUUUCUAAAACUAAGAUAUACAUACAUACUAAUUGCACACUAACACGCCACAUAUGCAUGUAAAAAUACCAAGAAUAAUUUUCAUAAUAUUCAAGGCUAAAGGAAAACAUUUGAUUAGAACGAUGAAGAUGAUGCUUUAACUGUAUAGAACUAAACAUUUCUUACUUCUGCUCGAUAGAUGUAAUGAUAAAGGCGCAUCGUAUAGCCAUUAGGUGAGGCUAUAUUUAUUUCAUGGUUUGGCCUUUUUGUUUUCAAAAAAAAAAAUGGUAGCUACAUUAGUAUUUAUUCGAAAUUCAAUCGAUUUUUAAUUGCCAUAGUUUGCUAUACUUUUUAAAAUAUCUUCAAAGAAAAAUUUGUAAACAUUUCUCAUAUGUUAUAUAAUGUUUCGUUUGGCCUUUAAGAUCUAUUCAGUCGUAUAUACUUUUCUAUCUGUAUUCUUUACUCUUAUUCCCCAAAGAAAGUUGGUCCAAGAAGCUAGUUGGCAAGGAAAAUGUUGUAAGACAGAGGGGAAUGGUUUUCAUACCCUCUUAUUGAGGAGGUAUAAGCAAAGAGACUUUGUAGCAAAAACGAGAGAAGUAAAUUUUUCCAAGCAUUUAAGUCUUGUCUGCUUCUCCUAUAAUUUCUAACAAGGAAUUUCGAGACAACUUUCUAAUAUCAUAAAAAGAAGAAUACAUGCUUAGAAGAAGACCUGCUUAAAAAACUGCCAUGCCUUUGCAUGCGUUUCUGAGUUGACUUGGCCGUUCAAAGAUUCAAACAGAUGUCAACCAUUUUAUCACCACCAAUGAGCGGGGUUGCCACCCCAUAUAUAAAUAAUUUACUGUAAGCGCUUUGACCUUGUUUACUUCUUUUUUAUUUUUUAAAACAUAGUUUCGAGAUAUUUUCCUUCACUUCAUUUUAAAGUCUUCGACUUUUUACUUGAACAACUGUCAAAACGUAUUGUAAAAAAAAUUGUGACAAUGAAAAUGCGAACAAGUUUCAUUGAAGUGGCACGAAAUGGACACCAAUCAUCUCUGCUUCAAUGUUUUGUUUGCGUUCCGACCAGGAAUAAAGUCCGUCGGAUUUCGCAUUAAUAAUAGGCAUUUUCGCUGCAAAUAAAUCCAUUAUUAGACUUUAGAUGGAAGUAUCGAUCUUCAUUUCAUAUUUCAGUUAAACAG